AUGCCACAAAGCACGGUCCUGAGCCACCUGCAUCCAUCGACUUCCUGCAUAUCUUACCAGGUCGUCAUUCCAUCUAGUGGAGGGUCGCCCUACACUACGCCUACCGGUACGAGGCUGCCACUCGAGAAUCUUUCUUCCCCAUCGGUUAUAGGUUCUUCGAGCUAUAUGGCCGGCCCAUUGCCACUUCAGCUUACUAAUCCGUUGGGCUAUGUCGGUCACUCUGGUUUUACUGCGGAUAUCCUCAUUUCUGAGUCUAUCCCGCAGAGAAACUCCGAGCAUAGCCUUCUCCAUAGCUCGCUGAGCGACCUUGAGCGUCCUCAUACGGCCAGCAGUGAAGGACCACGUCUCUGA